AUGGAGCGACCGGGCAGCGAGCCAAUUCGCACCGCCGGCCGUGUCAUCGAUCUUGAAAAGGCCGAGACCACCGAUGAGACGAGGACUUUCAUAGCUGCGCUUGCUAGGCCUCUCUCUACCGUUCGACCGUCACGAGUUCCCACCCCCAGAACCUCGGCAAGCAGGCUGGCUGAGGCCACUCCAGACGUCUGUUCUGAGUAUCCGGUCCCGGCCCCAAACACUUCGAAUGGGCACACCUCUUUUUCGACUUUCCCUUCUCCGAAGCAGCAAAACGACCCUUUCGAUGACAGCACCGCCUCCACGGUACUCUACCUCGCCUAUGGCUCCAAUAUGGCCGCGGCUACCUUUGAGGGUCAGCGCGGCAUCCGCCCACUCUCGUGCGUCAGCGUAGCCGCGCCAUCGCUGCAGUUGACGUUCGACUUACCUGGCUUACCGUAUCGGGAGCCCUGCUUUGCCAACACGGCGAUACGACGGCGCUUGCCUAAGAUCCCAGACAAGCCGAAGCUCCCUCCGGUGCCGGUGCCGGUGCCUCCGAACCCUGGCCUACCCAAUCCGCCGACAUCUGCUGUCGUCGACACCAACAGCCAGGGCGACCGGGUCUGGAACGGCGGCCUCUACGGGGUCGUAUACGAGGUCUCGCGCGCCGACUACGCCCACAUCAUCGCCACCGAGGGCGGUGGUGUUUCAUACCAGGACUUGCUGGUGCCGUGUCUUGAGCUGCCGCCGAGCUUCACGAUUCCCGAAAAGCCACUUCUACCACGGCCACCGCGGCCUUUUCUAGCACACACACUGUGGGCACCUCAGCUUCCGGGAGGCGGCGAUGACGAAGAAGAUGGCGACGACGACGAUGACGAUGACGGAAAGCUCCCCGCUUGGCUCAGCCGUCGCUGGCGUCUGCUGCGUAUCCGCCUCCUCCGCCUGGCCGUGGGGCACGCUCGUCCGGAUCCCAACUACGCACAACCGUCGCCGCGCUACCUGGCGCUGCUCGUCGACGGCGCCCGUCAACACGACCUGCCGCUGGCAUACCAGGACUGGCUGGUGUCGCUAACACCAUACCGGGUCACAACCUGUCGUCAGCGGCUCGCCGCCGCCCUGCUUCUUCUCGCCGGUCUCCCCUUCUUACUGCUUAUGGGCACACUCACGCUACUGCGACGGUGCCGUCGGACACCGCCGUCGUCUGGCGACACUGAUGGACAGCUGCCUCUCUGGCUACGGGUGGCCGUGGGUCUGUUCACACGAGCGCUAUGGUGGAUGUACGAUCACGUGAUGAAGCCCGUGUUUGGCGACGGCGAGAGAAGUGAGAAAUCGGAGAAGCAGUUGUGGUGGGAUUACGACAACGACGACGAGACUGCACCGCUGCGCGGACAGGAAAUCGUUUAA